AUGAUGAAGUCUUUUAAGAAGAGGGGCCUUGAACACAACAAAAAAAUAUCGGAGGCCGUGAAAAACAAAUGGCAAAAUGACGUGAAUUAUAAAAAGAAAACGUUGGAUGGCCAACGGAGGUACUUCAUCAGACGAUAUAAAAACAAAAAGAUAGCCGCCAUUUCAGAUAAAACGAGGGAGAAGAUAUCCAAAGCGAUGAAGCAAUACUGGGUGAACAAAAAUAAGUUUGCAAAAACGCAAGUUAACAAUUUGCAGCACAUCCAGAAGCGGAAGAAAAAGCACAAGAAGGUUUGGGAGGAUAUUUACUCCCUUAUAUUAAAUCAGAAGGUGGGCGACUUCGGCGGCUAUCAGUCGUCUUUGCACCACAACUUGUCGAUCAAUUUGCAGGCCGCGCUUAACUGA